GCUCUAAACAGAUCACUUUGGUAAAUAUUUCAAUGUCUAUGUAUUGACGUUUAUACUACAAAGCGAAUAAAAUCAACACAGAACUUGGCAACUUGCUUUAUUAUAACCAAACAAGAAUCUCGACAAGAACGGUGUGAAAUAUGGCGGCUUAUACACAAGGUUAUGACGAGGCGAGGUUUGCGAUCACAGUCAAUCAAAAUUUCCUGUGUUUGAUUUGCUUCAACGUUUUGAAAGAACCAGUCAUGUGUUCUAAAAACCAGCACUGUUUUUGCCGUGCUUGUAUUACGAAACAUCUCAAGAACUCCCAAAGAUGCCCUACGUGUGCGGACGAACUGACCGUAGAGACUUUGGCCGAACCACAAAGAAUGGUAAAAGAUUAUCUAAAUGAAUUACCUAUUCAUUGCGUUCACAUCAACAGAGGUUGUCAAGAAAUUGUACAACUACAGAAUCUUGACCGCCACGAGGCUACAUGUGGAUUUACACCAGCCGUGUGUACAAACCAAGGCUGUGGUGCAACUGUAAACAAGCGCGAUCUUAUUCACCAUGAAAGUGAACAAUGCGAAUUCCGAAAGUUGAAAUGUCACUCUUGUGGAGAAAUGGCGAAAACGUUGGCGAAUGUGGAGAAGAGAGUCGCGCAUUUGGAAACGAAUAUGGUAUCCAUAGAAACCAAAAUGGGUAACCUAGAGACCAACAUAAAAACAGAUAUUGAAGAAAAACUCGGGGCAGUCAAUAAUGACGUAAGAGGUUUGAAAACAGCUUUGAUUGAAGGAUUUGAUCAAAUGAAGGAUGUUCUUGUCAAGAUGGAGGACACAAUCAAAGAAAACACAAGAAAAGUAAGAAAUGCGGCAAGUGGUGAUAAGGAAAAUAUAUUUGUUGCUGGAGGUUUUGAAACUGAUUCCGUAGAGAUAUUUAACUGGUCACAAAAGUCGUGGGCUCCAUUGCAUGAAUCCAUGCCAGAGAAACGUUGGGGAGCGACCUCAUUUCUUUACAACAAUCACAUGAUGAUCGCUGGAGGGUACUGUCGUGGGCCUGGCUAUGUCGAUAAUAUGAUUAGAAUGAACGUUGACCCAAACCCUGAUCUCUCAACACACUGGAGUGACUGUCCUGUGAAACUACCUAUGAAGUUGGCAUACCACAGCAAUGUGCUGUAUAACAAUCAAUUGAUGGUUACUGGGGGUUGCAUUGAAAGUCUGGACCAAACAUCUGAUGGUAUUCACGAAGUCCAGCUUGUUCCCCCCUACACUGUGAAGACGUUAUCAAGAAUGCCAGAACCAAGACAAGGUCACUGCACGGAGAUAUGUGCUGAUAAUUUGUUGAUCAUUGGUGGACGUACAACUAAACGAUCGCAGGAUUGCCUCAGUAGUGUCGUUCUCUACGAUAUAAAGAAGAAUGAAUAUAAACAGUUGGCACCACUGCCGUAUGAAGUGAAUUACAUGGCAACUGUGAGAUGGGGAGACAACAUUGUUGUGAUAGGCGGCAUGGACAAAGAUGGCAAUGUAUUAGAUACAGUUAUCAUGUACAAUGUCAAGAGUGAACAAAGUCACAUGUUGCCGCCAAUGAGAUGUAAGAGAUGGGGAUGUACUGCUGUUGUUAUUGGUAACAACAUUGUAGUACUGGGAGGAAAGGAUGAGCAGAGACGUCAGCUAAAGUCUGUUGAAGCUUUCAACUUUGAAAGUUAUCACUGGGAAGAACUUCCUGAAAUGUCUAAAGAAGGAUGGCUGCACACUGCUGUUGCUGUGUGAACAAUGUAUAAAUUGAAACACAAUUCGUGAAUCAAUGAAAUUUUAAUCUUAUUUUAAACGACAAUACAGUAAAGUACAAUACUAGGGGAAGAUAUAGUAAUAUUUAGGUUAAAAUCUGUAAACAAUAAAAUAACUUUUAAAAAAGUCGACUUACUUUAGCAUUUAGUGUGAUCACAUGCCCACGGGAAAUCAGUCUUAGUCCGGGAAACAAUAAAGCGAAGGAAAAUAGAGGGAUUGCUCGCAGUCUAACGGGAAAUAUGUUAAUUUGCUUUAUAAGACACGUUUCACACCGGCGUGUUUUCACAAAAAAAGUCAAAACUUUAGCAAAAUAUUUACAGUGAUAUUUGUCCGUUAUAUUUUUGUGUGCAUUUGUUAUUUUCAUACACAUGAGAGGAUCCAGAGACCCAGUUAGGCUGUGGUCGAGUAUAGGAAUAUUUUUAACAAUUUUAAACGGAGUUUAAAGUUAUUACCAUGGAGAAUGUGGUGAUCCGACAUUUAUACAUCCAUUAUUUACAUGCG